UUCCUCUUCCUGUUGUCGUCUGUAUGUCAGGCAGCUCCACAGAACAGAAAUGGCCAAGUCAAAGAAUCACACCACCCACAACCAGUCCCGUAAGGCCCACAGGAAUGGGAUCAAGAAGCCCAGACCAGACCGAUACGAGUCCAUGAAAGGGGUCGACCCGAAGUUCAUGAAGAACAUGCGUUUCGCCAAGAAGCACAACAAGAAGGGACAGAAGACAGCCAACGCAGCAGCCAAGAGGAUUGCAGUGGCAGCCGCUCCUUAGACGGCGUGGCAGAUCACCGCAUGUCCACGUUCCAUUGACUUUGUUACCAUCACAAUAAAGCUUUGUUAUUUUUAUCGGGAA